AUGCAGGCAUUUCGAGUAACUGAGAAUGAAGCCCCCCAAAGCCACAGUGCUUCGUCACCCCAGCCCUCACCACCACCCUUUGAUCUACCUGAUCCUCCCCAGCUCAUACCCUUCCAAACACAACCGGAUAUGUUUGGUCUGUACAGCGUAUAUCCAAUGUGUCCCACUAUGGCCCCAGAAGCUAACUGCACACUAGAGGGUGUCACAGAUGCUCCAACCCUGGAGGGUGUAUGCGCUACCCCUCACAGAGUGCACCCUGGAGUCUCCUCCCCUGAAAUCAGUGAUGAUGAUCUGUUCGGAGCAUUCACAAAUUCGUCAUCAGCCCUCCUGAUGGCCUGGCACUAUUCUGGCAGUAAUGCGAAAUCAGCGACCGAACUCAAUCACCUUGCUGAGUUCCUUCGUGAUCCCAGUUUUAAGCAGGCUGACUUAGUUGGUUUCAAUCACGCGCGCGAGAGCAAACGGCUAGAUGAAUUACCUUGA